AUGACCUCGUACUUCCGCUCGCUCGCCUUCGGCAUACACGGGUACAGUCAGUACACCAAAGAUGGAUUCGCGAAAAAUAUCAAAGACGAAGACGCGGAGGAUGACGAGAAGGACUGCUUGAAAAGAGAUUUAACGAACGUUUCGGUUUUAAUAACCGGCGCGAACGGAGGGAUAGGGUUUGCCACCGCAGUCGCAUUGGCGAGAAGAAACGCGACCGUGCACCUCCUGUGUCGAUCCAUGCAGCGAGGCGAGAAAGCGGUGAAGGAGAUUCUGGACGCGGUGGCGAGAGAGCGAGGCGGCGGAGGAGGAGGAAGACCAGUACCGCAGUGUAAUUUGCAUUUACACGUCUGCGACGUCGGCUCGAACGUGGAAGUGCGCGCGUUUGUGGAGGAGUUCACGAGAUCUGGGCAUCAAUUGCACGUGUUGGUGAACAACGCGGCGACGUUGAGCACUUCGGAGGCGAUCGAGAGAAGCGUGGACGGGUACGAGACUUCUUUCGCGCUGAAUACGCUCGGUACGCACUUGCUGACGAGCUCGUUGCGACCGGUUUUAGGGAGGACGAGCGAGUUGCAGAGAAAUAGCAGCGUCAGCGGGAGGAAUGGUGGGUAUUUUGGAAGCAUGAGUACGAACGGAGGAGGAGGGGACGGCGGGAGUCCGGGGUCUAUUUUGUUAGACGGCGAAAGCGGGAAACUAAACGCGUUGACGUACGUGCCGAGAGUGAUCACGGUAUCGUCGGCGGGAAUGUUAGCGGAAGAGUUGGUGAUUGACGAUUUAGAAUACACGAAACCGAAAAAGUAUUCGGGCGUAUCGCAAUACGCGCGAGAUAAGAGACGUCAGGUGGCCUUGACCGAAAGAUGGGCGCGACUGGAAGCGGAGAAGAAACUGCCCGGAAGUUGGUCGCCGGAGAAGGAAGUCGCGAAAAGUAAAAAGGAUACUAGAAAGGAAGUUAAUAACGAUAAUCGCAGCAAUAGCAGCAGCAAAAAAGGAGACGCGGUAAAGCGCGUCCCGGAUAUCGUGUACGUUUCCAUGCACCCGGGCUGGGUGGACACGCCCGGCUUGCGUUCCUCGUUACCUGGAUUUUACAACUCCAUGAAAGGCAAACUUCGAACGCCGGAACAAGGCGCGGAUACGAUCGUGUAUUUGAUCUGCCUAGAAGCCGCGAAACUGGAACCUGGUGCGUUUUACUUCGACCGAAAACCAACCGCGAAACACAUCAAGAUGGGAUUCACGCAAUACUCGGAAAAAGACGUGGAAAAAUUGGCGAAGAAGUUGGACGCCAUGGCGUGCGAAGCGAGCGUGCACGGCAGCUUUCGCAACGGAAGAAAUUUUCAUCAAACGCACGCCGCAGGUGAAUGGCGACCGAAGAAAUCAUCUGAUUCUCGUAGCAAAAAUAGCGAUGGCGUUGGAAUCGCGGGUGGGAGAACGAGAAACGGCGUCGGCGCGGACGGCGAGGACACUAGCAACAACGAAAACAAAAACAAGAACAACAAAAUAACCAACCAACUCUUUCGCCCGAGAUCCAUCGGCGACGACUUUGAAGGGUUGGACGGCGACGACUCAAUUGAGAACGAAGUAUUCACGCCCAGGAAAUGGCACGGAUUUAACAUUCGAUGA